CCUUCCUCUUUCACUCUGCCUUUUUGAAAGCCGCACUGACACAUCAGGAGAAACCUGACAAACUGCUGCUUAAGUCAAGAUGUUCCUGUGCUGUUGGCUCACUCUGGGGGCUUUAAUCCCUGUGACUUUAAGCAUCAAUCCUGGAGUAAAGGUCAAGCUAACGGAAAAAGGUCUUGAAUAUGGCAGACAACUGGGGAUGGCUUCGAUCCAGCAGAGACUCAAAACCAUCAAAGUUCCAGAUUUUUCAGGGACACAGAAGGUGUCUCCCAUUGGCAAGGUCCAGUACAGCCUGUCAAAUAUGCAAAUAGUAGAUGUGGGAUUACCAAAGUCUGCGGUGGAUCUGGUGCCAGGGACUGGAGUCAGACUCUCCAUUGGUAACGCCUUCAUCAGUCUGCACGGAAACUGGAGGGUCAAGUACCUCAGAAUAAUAAAGGACAGCGGAUCUUUUGAUUUGAAAGUCAGCGCACUCACUGUCACUACAAGUAUUGCCAUAAAGAGUGAUGAGACAGGUCGACCUACAGUCAGUAGCGUCAACUGUGCAGCCAAUGUGGGCAGUGCGAGCAUCAAAUUCCACGGUGGAGCCAGCUGGCUGUACAAUCUCUUUAAAAACUUCAUUGAUAAGGCUUUACGUAAUGCACUGCAGAAACAGAUCUGCCCUCUGGUGGCUGAUGCUGUAUCUGAUUUGAACCCUCAGCUAAAAACUCUCAAUGUUGUAGCCAAGGUGGACCAGUAUGCAGAGAUUGAAUAUUCCAUGGUGACAUCGCCCACAGUCUCCUCGUCUUCAAUAGACUUGAGCUUGAAGGGUGAAUUUUACAACAUUGGGAAGCAUCAGGAGCCUCCGUUCUCCCCCGCAGCCUUUUCCCUGCCGCCCCAGAUCAACAACAUGUUGUACCUUGGCCUGUCUGCCUUCACCACUGACUCUGCAGCCUUCGUCUACAACAGAGCUGGACUCCUCAGCCUGUACAUCACUGAUGAUAUGAUCCCAAAAGGCUCUCCCAUCCGACUCAACACCAAGACAUUUGGAGUCUUCAUCCCACAGGUUGCCAAGCGUUUCCCAGGUCUGAUGAUGAAACUGCUGGUGAAGACAGUGAAAAACCCUGUCAUCACUUUUGAACCUAACAACGUGACCACUCAGGCCACUGGCACAGUGACGGCCUACGCUAUCCAACCCAACGCCACACUUUCCCCUCUCUUUGUCCUGAACUUGGAGACCAGUGUCAGCGCCCAAGUGUUUGUCAGUGGAAUGAGGCUGGCUGGAGCUGUCAGCCUUAACAAAAUGGAUCUGACCCUGGGGACAAGUUAUGUGGGAGAGUUUCAGGUCAGAUCCCUCGACAACAUCUUCCAAAUGGUCCUCAAAGUGGUAGUGAUACCUAAACUGAACGUUCAACUUGCAAAGGGAUACCCACUUCCUACACUUGGAAAGAUGAAGCUUGUGAACACUCAGCUUCAGGUCCUGAAGGACUAUAUGCUGAUUGGGACAGAUGUUCAGUUCAGCAGUUGAACGGCAUUUCUGGAGACUCACAGGAUUUAUUUGUGCACGAGGACAUGCCACCAUGAAGACACAAUCACAACCAGAGUUUUAACUACCUGACAGAAAUUUCAAAGAAAAAACUGAAUAAUGUACAAAUAUUACUUCUCUACGAUCAAGAGAAAUGCAGAUCUCCUGUUUGCAUGUGGAUGUCACCUCAGGUUUUUAUCAUGUUUCGGUUUUUUUAUACUCUUUUUCUUUUAAAUGAAAACUCAGACCAGGUUCUCCACAUGAAUAAAUACACAUUUAAAUGUAGAUGGGGCAGUGAACUUUUCCAACAGGGUCACUGCAGUCAUGUCACAGUAGGACACAAUCUGCAGGACAGGAUCUGCUGCUGUCACCACAAUUAUCUUUUUGAAACAACGUGCUCCUUCCAAAGCAGAUCACAGCACUUUCUGCUGCUGACUUUGGACAAAUUGCCUCUCAAAGCUUCUGACUCACAGAGCGAUUCUACAAAUGUGCUGAUCUAUGAUAUUAUUACUGCAGUUUGGAGAGUCCUAUAAAAUAUGCCGUGACAUCAAUCAAGUACCAGACAAAACAAAUCAGUCAUGGCUGUAUGUGUAAAACAAACAUAAUUUACAUCAUCCAAACUGGUUUCAGCAUCUUAGGCCUGUUUACACCUGCUAUUAACAUGCGUCCUGGGUAAUUGGAUCACAAGCGAACAGCUCAAAGUACAGGUGUGAAUGCGCUCAAACAAUCUAGAGUUUCAGUCACUCAGACCACAUUCCAACUGUCUCUGACGCUGAGCUCACACUCCUGUAGCAGUAAUCUCCUAGCUCUAUGGAGGUGGCGGGACCAGGGGACGCGCUUGUCUUCUGGUCUUUGCAGAUGGAAAUGAUUUACAUGUUUGUCUGCAUGCAGAGCAGGGAAGUUAGAUACAGUCUCAAGUAUGCACGUGAGACGCAUGUGGAGACACACUCUAAUGGCAGGUAUAAACAGACAGAUAUAGAGCAGCUGUCCACUUGUGAUCCGAGCGCCCAAGAUGCAUGAUAACACCAGGUGUAAACGGGGCCUUAGGCUGCAUUCACAACAAAUCAGGUGUUGAGGCGAUUAGCUGCAGGCUUGUGCAGUGUUUUGGGAGUGUCACUUAAAUGGUAUAUUUGUGGGGAAGUGGAGGGUGAA